AUGGCCCUUUCUCUUAACCUGGUUAACUCUCAUAGCAUCGUUGCCGUUCACGGCCUAAACCCCCGAAGCAAGAAAGAUGACGAUCAUGCAUGGGAUACUUGGCGAACCCCAUCAGGGCCCGCAGGACGCAUCUGGCUCCGCGAUGACCUUCCCCAGCAUGUUCCCGACUCGAGGAUUUUCCUCUACCAGUACAACGCUACCGCCGUUUACGGUAAAGACCGAAGUACAUUUGUUGACAAAGCCAACGAUCUUCUUGAGGAUAUACGGUUAGAGCGGGAAGAUGCUGAAUCCAGACCGAUACUCUUCUUGGGACACAGUAUGGGCGGGCUGUUGAUCAAGCAAGCACUUAUCAACGCACACCACAAUCCCAACUACUUGUCAAUCAAGGACGCCACCAGCGGGUUAGCCUUUUUCGCAACGCCACACAACGGCGGCGACGAGAAGCUGGUGAAUUUUGGAAGUUUGGCUGCCAAGGUUGCCAUAGCGACAGGAUUUCAGAAAGGCGAUGAUGUGCUGGAAGUAUUGAAGCAAGGGAGUAUCUUCUCGGAUAUUAUGCAUGAGCACUGGAGGCAUCAGCUUUUGCAUUAUAACAUUGUCUCCUUCUGGGGAUGUUUUGACAAUGUUGUUCCAAGAGAGAGCGCCCGGCUGGGCAUGCCAGGCGAUCGCGAAAACGUGGUUGAGCUAAAAGCCGACCACAGCACGGUGUGCAAAUUUGGCGGAGCUGAAUUAGACCAAGAUAACCUCAAGCGUGUACGAAGCAACAUCAAGGACAUGUACAAGAAAGCACUGCAGAGAAGUGAGUUAAAUGCUGUUUCUAUUUCUAUCGGGUUGGAAUCUAUGGUUGAUACGGGACUGCAGGCACGCUUAGCCGCGUUACAGGGCAGCCAUGCUUGA